UGUGGAAAUGUCAUUCUGAUCUCCACUGAAGAGAAACAUAUUUCUCCUUGACUUGAAGAGGGAUUUUUUUUUAAAGAUGUAUCCUGUUCCUGGUUCCAUGCAUGGAGCAGAGGGAAAUAAUGGACAUCCUAGGAAACUUAUUUCUUUCCUUUUUGUUUUUGGCAUUUCAUUGUUAUGCUCUGGAUUCCUGCUUUCAAUGUUUGUUUUACAGACGUGUCCAAGUGGAGCUUUUGGGGACUGUAAAGCAGCCCUUAAAAUCAUUGGACCUCUGCUUGCUGUGGUUGGCCUCGUGUGUAUCAUUCUUGCACAAUCAAAGGCUAAAGGCUAUCUCCGAGAGGUGCAGUUGCAAGAUGAUCAGGUGUAUGGCUUUGUCUUUUGCCGAGGAAACUGCCAGUUUGCCCAGUUCCUUGUCUUUGGCUUUUUAUUUUUAACCAGUGGAAUGCUUAUUAGUGUCCUGGGCAUUUGGAUUCCAGGAUGUAGCCCUGGGUGGCACUACCAACCAUUUAACCAGAGCAGUACAUCUGAUAUCGAAUUCCAAGACUGUGGAUUUCUCUCUGUUCAAACCAUGGGUCCUUUGAUUGUGCUUAUUGGAUUGUGCUUCUUUGUGAUAGCUCACAUCAAAAAGAAACAAAAUUUAACUCUCAUCCAAGAGUCUUCUGUACAUGAAGAGGAGCACCUGAGCCCUCAAUCAUUUCAAGUUACAGUAGGUGAUACUGUCAUGGUGUUCCCACCUCCUCCACCACCUUAUUUUGCUGACUGUUCUCUGCAAACAAUAACUCCUAGCCUUGUGACAAGUGACUUGCAUUUAGGGGAAAAUCCUCCUCCUUACCACAGCACUUUUGUUCACCAAACACAGAAUACUGAUCUGUCUGGCUCAGUUACUUGCAGAGAGAAUGACCUGCUGCAUACAAUAUCAGGAAGUGAUUCACCUUCAGAAACUUUAUCCAUUCUCUAUCUUGACUCUGAACCAUCUCAGAAAUACAAGGCAAAAGAAGCAGCUGUAAAUAAUGAAUGUGUUUUGUCGUCUUCUCCCUCACUGUCUUAUAUGUCUUUGUCUUCUUCUGAGUCUUCCCUUGAACAAAUUAUGAGCUAA